AUGGGGAACCGCAGCGUCGCGGACGCCGACGGGCUGCUGGCGGGGCGCGGGCCGGGGACAGGCGGCGGCGCGGGGGACCCCGGGGCAGCGGCGGCGCUGGCGGGGGGCGUGCUGCUCAUCGGCGCGGUGCUCGCGGGGAACUCACUCGUGUGCGUGAGCGUGGCGGCCGAGCGCGCCCUGCAGACGCCCACCAACUACUUCAUCGUGAGCCUGGCGGCGGCCGACCUCCUACUCGCCCUGCUUGUGCUGCCUCUCUUCGUCUAUUCCGAGGUGCACGGCGGCAUGUGGCUGCUGAGCCCGGGUCUCUGCGACGCGCUCAUGGCCAUGGACGUCAUGCUGUGCACCGCCUCCAUCUUCAACCUGUGCGCCAUCAGCGUGGACAGGUUCGUGGCAGUGGCCGUGCCCCUGCACUACAACCGCCAGAGCCGCCGUCAGCUGCUGCUCAUCGGCGCCACGUGGCUGCUGUCGGCGGCGGUGGCGGCGCCGGUGCUCUGCGGCCUCAACGAUGCGCGCGGCCGCGAUCCCGCCGUGUGCCGCCUGGAGAACCGCGACUAUGUGGUCUACUCGUCCGUGUGCUCCUUCUUCCUGCCCUGCCCACUCAUGCUGCUGCUCUACUGGGCUACGUUCCGGGGCCUGCGGCGCUGGGAGGCCGCCCGCCGCGCCAAGCUGCACGGCCGUGCGCCCCGCCGGCCCAGCGGCCCUGGCCCGCCGCCGCCCGACGCCAUCCUGGCCCCCGACACCACCCCACCCCCCGACGCCAUCCCGCCGGCCCCCGACACCCGCUCGCCCCCCGACGCCCCUCCGCCCCUCGACGCCGCCGUAGCUGCCGAAGCCCCGCUGCAGGCCCGCAGGAGACGCGCCAAGAUCACCGGCCGCGAGCGCAAAGCUAUGAGGGUGCUGCCCGUGGUGGUUGGGGCCUUCCUGCUGUGCUGGACGCCCUUCUUUGUCGUGCACAUCACCCGGGCGCUGUGUCCCACGUGCGCCGUGCCCCCGCGGCUGGUGAGCGCGGUCACCUGGCUGGGCUACGUCAACAGCGCCCUGAACCCCGUCAUCUACACCGCCUUCAACGCCGAGUUCCGCUCCGUCUUCCGCAAGGCUCUGCGCCUCUGCUGCUGAGCCCACCCUUGGUCUGGACCCCGCGCGCGCGGCCUGAGGUUCUGCAAGAGUCAUUAAACGGAUGCCAAACACCAGGCUGGGAAGCCUCCUGGCGGUGGGGCAGGGGGCAAGGGGGGGGCCCCCUCCUGACCCCCAGCCGCCCUCCUUGGAAGGAAGCCCGGGUCCCCGCUGGGCUGGGCCCCUGCACCGGCUGCAGGGAGGUGGGGGCAGCCCUGCCCCAGGAGCAGCCUCCGUGGGGGACCUGAGCAGCCCCUGCCAGGCCGGCUGUGCCAGCGCUCACACCCUCUUCUAACAGCUUGGUAGCCCCCGCGCGGGCCAGGGGCAACCCACCCCCACCCGGGAGCUCGAAGGCAGCAGCCUCCCCACCCCGCCCUGCCCACCGCUCUGGCCGCUUGCUCAAGGUCAGAGCAGAGCUCCCUGCCAGCUCCGGGCCUCACCAUGUUUGGCCUGGUGCCGGACAGAUGAACGGGCUCGUGGAGCCACCUCCCUUCAGGGAGGGCUGAGCGGAGGCCCACAGGCGAGAGCAGGGAGAAGCCAGCCUGCCCAGCGUGCCUCCCGAGCCCAUUCAGACAUGGCCCCACCUGGACUCCUUCCAGCCUCGGCCCACUGCUCCCAGCGCCGUGGCUGGGCGUUCCUGUGGGAUGCCGUGAGGAGGACGGGGACAGCCGCUGCCAGGUGCUCGGUUCUGCUCUGAACAGGGGAAACUAUGGGCAGUGAGGGCCACGGCAUCAGGCCCGACCUGGAGAGAGAGGCAGCCCCUUCCCAGCUCUGGGUGGCCACCCUCUCCUGCUCAGAUUCUCAGCUGCCGCCUCCUCCCAGAAGCCUCCUCUGAACACCCCCAGGACCAGCUUGUCCCUACCGCCCUGGGGGAGACUCGACCUCAGGGGAGCUGAGCACUGAUGGGCAGGGGGGCUGAUGAGGGUGCCGUGUCUCUGAACCCCACAGGGUCGGACAUGGAGUGGGGGUGAGGGGAGGGCGCCCUGGCUCUGGUGGCUGCUUCAGCGUCCAGCACCUUCUCGCCAGUGGAGUGUGAGGAUGGCUGCAGCAAAAACAUCCUGGGCAUCCCCCAGGGAGGGGUCCCUAUACCCAGGGAGGAGCCCCAGAUGGCGCAGCCUCGCCCAGGCAAGACACCUGCCCCAAAGCUGAGCCACCAUCACAGCAAGGGGCCCCGACUUGGCCGCUGGCCCGUGUCUCUCAGGUCCACGCACCACACCCACGCCCUGUUGCCCAUCUCUGAUGCUCUGCCCCACGUGCCUGCCAUGGUCUCGCCAGGCAGUCAGAGCUGGCCUCUGCUGCUGCCAAAACGAUCUCAACUAGCAGCAUGCCCGCCCGCCCACUGCAGCGCCUGCUGCUCUGCCCACGCCUCACAGUGGUCUGCGUGGGGCAAGGCCGCGCCCCCCCCACACCUGUUCUCACCUCUGUUCCCUGUUGUAAGAACUGACUGAUUGUGCUCCAGUGGGUGCCCCUCCUCUGGCCUGGGACCUACUGAUGGCCCCACCCCACCCCUUCUGGCCCUGUGGACAGACUCCCACGGCCCCAAGGCAGAGACAAGGUGGAGGAACAGGUGCAGGUCCCCAGGGUACUGACUGCCCAGCACACGGCUGGGCCCACCAAUGCCAGAGUCACCGCGGCCUACAGCUCAGAGGACCUCCGCGCCUUGAUAGCCACACCAUGCCAGCUGACAGAAGCCGGCCCCUGCCUGUGCCCCGAGGCUGUGUCCAGCAGGAGAGGCCACCAGAAGUGCUGACGCAGAACUGAGGACACUGACACACCCUCGACAGCAACUUCCAGAAGCUGCCUGACGUCCAGGGUGACUAGGGACAGCGUCACAGGCUGAGAAAUGCUGUCCCCCAACAUGCAUGGUCCCCAGGCCUCUAUUGUAAAGAAAAGGGGAGACAGGGCUCCCGCCCAGGGGCAGUGGGUUAAGAAUCCGACUGCAUGGCUCAGGGCAGUGCGGGGCUCAGGUUCUGGCCCUGGUCCAGCGCACUGGGUUAAAGGAUUCACUCCCUGGCCUGGGAACGUCCA